AUGAGGAAUUCAGUCAUUAUCGGUUCUCUUCUCGCAACUGCCGCUGUUGGUUAUGGUGUCUAUUUUGAUUACAAGCGUCGUAACGACCCUGCUUUUCGCAAAACUUUGAAGCGUCGCUACAAAAAGGUUCAUGAAGCCAAGAAGCAAGAAGAAGAGAUCGCUGUUAAGCAGUUUGAUGAAGUUAUUGAAGAUGCUCUCGAGAUCGUCAAGUCUACACCUACCCCCAAUAGCGCUGAAGAAAAAGAGCUUUUCUUCAUGCAGCAAGUUGCUCGCGGUGAACAACUUUUCCAACAACAACCCGACAAUAUCAAGGAAUCCGCUGCUUGCUUUUAUGCUGCCCUCAAAGUAUACCCUCAGCCUGUUGAAUUGUUUGCCAUUUACGAACGCACCGUUCCUGAACCCAUCAUGAAUCUCUUAAGAGCUAUGCAAACUAAGGAAAGCACCCCUACUGUGGAGUAA